GCAGCGGUGGGCGGGAGCAGGGGGCGGAGGAGAGGGGGCGUGGCCACGGCUCGGGGGAGGGCGUCCCGCCCCGCCCCGCCCCGCGGAUGUGGCGCCGGCAGCCGGCGCAAGUUCUUAAAAGAUGAAGGAAAGCUGGUCUUCCUUGGAUACUCUUGACACAAACUUCAGGCCUCUGGUAGUAAUUGAGCUUGCAAAAGGCACCAAAGAGGAAACCAUAGAAUGGUUCACUAAAAGAAUUGUGGACAAAAAGGCAAAUGGAGGUGCACAGCUUCUGAUUAAACCAUUGGUCACAGAAAAUGGAGAUGAAAAUAUUUAUCUGGUUGGAGCUUCCCACCUAAGGCUGUUGCUGGGAGCUGAAACUGUGGGAUUGGUAAAGGAAUGUAAUGAUAACUCAAUGAGAGCUUUUACAUACAGCAGUAGGAAAACUUUCAAAGAUUUUGCAGAUGACAAUCAGAAUUUCCUUACAAUGUCAGAAUGUCAGUAUAUCAUUAAACAUGAACUUGAAAAUUUGAGAGCUAAAGAUGAAAAAAUGAUCCCUGGAUAUCCUCAGGCAAAGCUCUAUCCAGGAAAAUCAAUUGUAAGAAGAUUGUUGACCAAUGGUAUUCUAGUUCAGAUUUUCCCGCUGCAUGAUAGAGAAGAGUUGAAAAAGCUCCGGCACACGUGGUAUGGCCAAGUCAAAAUUGGUUAUCAACCUUUAGAUGAGAUACGCUGCUACUUUGGUGAGACCAUUGCACUCUACUUUGGCUUCUUAGAGUACUUCACAUUUGCGUUGAUUCCCAUGGCUGUCAUUGGGAUCCCUUACUACGUGUUUGCGUGGGAAGACUAUGACAAGUAUGUGAUGUUUGCCACGUUCAAUCUGCUCUGGUCCACUGUGAUCCUGGAAGUUUGGAAACGGAUUUGUGCCGUGAUGACGUACCGCUGGGGGACACUGCUGAUGAAACGACAGUUUGAAGAGCCAAGACCAGGUUUCCACGGUGUUCUGGGUAUCAAUCCUGUCACUGGGAGAGAGGAACCAGUGUACUCAAGUAUUAAGAGACAGUUACGGAUUUAUCUCGUGUCCGUACCAUUUGUGUGCCUUUGCCUCUACUUCUCACUAUACGUGAUGAUGAUUUACUUUAACUUGGAACAGUGGGCUCUGGAUUAUCAUGAGGAGAAUAAGUCCAACUUUAGCAGCUUGAUGCUGUAUGUGCCCAGUAUCAUAUAUGCUGUCGUGAUUGAAAUUAUGAACCGUAUCUAUCGGUAUGCUGCUGAAUUCUUAACAUCGUGGGAAAAUCACAGGCUGGAGUCUUCGUAUCAGAAUCACUUAGUUCUGAAGGUUCUAGUGUUCAACUUCUUAAAUUGUUUUGCAUCCCUCUUCUACAUUGCUUUUGUGCUGGUUGAUAUGAAACUUUUGAGACAGAGCUUGGCCACCUUGCUGAUAACUUCACAGAUACUUAAUCAGUUUGCAGAAUCCCUGCUUCCUUACUGGCUCCAAAAGAGACACAUGAAGAAGAUGAAGAAACGCAUGCAUUCUCUGAAAAUGGAUGCGGACCUGUCAUUAGUCGAACAAGUCAACUCGGAAAAAGAAAUGGGCACCUAUUUUGGUACUUUUGAUGAUUACUUGGAGUUGUUUUUGCAGUUCGGCUAUGUGAGUCUCUUCUCAUGUGUUUAUCCACUGGCAGCUGUCUUUGCAGUGUUAAACAACAUCACAGAGAUAUAUUCUGAUGCCUUAAAAAUGUGCAGAGUUUACAAGCGCCCAUUUGCAGAACCCACAGCAAAUAUUGGUGUUUGGCAGUUGGCUUUUGAAACUAUGAGUGUAAUAUCGGUAGUUACUAAUUGCAUACUGAUUGGAAUGUCUCCACAAGUGAAUGCCCUUUUCCCAGACUCAAAAAUGGAUCUUAUUCUGACCGUGGCAUUGGUAGAGCACUUGCUGCUAGCAAUAAAGUUUGUCAUGGCAUUUGUAAUUCCCGAUAAACCAAGAGAUAUCCAGAUUAAACUGGCCAAGUUGGAAUUUGAAUCUCUAGAGGCUCUCAAACAACAGCAAAUGAAACUUGCGGCUGAGUCACUGAAGGAGUAAACACGAAGAAACGAAGAUGACUACAGCAGUCACAUGGAAAUGUGGGCACGUUGUGAGCAUUUGUUUAUGAUGAUCGCAGUGUGCACUCCACCAUAUAUUCAGUAGGUGGCACCUGCUUGUAUGAUACGUGGUAAAUAUUCACUGCUUGAUACUGUAAAAAAAAGGUAAUUUACCCUGUUCUCUUUGUUCCUUACAUACAAGGGUUCGUGAAGCUAACACUAAAUAAAGCACUCCAGCUUAUGCAAGGUCUGGCUGGAAUCUGCCAGACUCGCCAUACUUGAAGUGAUUGAAAACAGAUCUUGUGAAUAAGCAUCCAAAAGCUAACUAGGGUUUUCAACUGUAACUUUGUAAAAGAAAACAGAAAUAAAGAGGUAGGCUAGUACUGUCCCUCGGGCUUGUUGCCCCUUUCGUUCCUUUAUUAUGAUAGCUAAUCCUCUCCUUUUUCAAAGGCUGCUUAUUAGCUAUUCUUUUGCACAUGGCAAACUAAUUUAAAUGUUUUAUACACUACAUAAUGAAAUACAUGAUUAUUCCUUAUAGGACCUGAGAAAUAUUAGCACAUAAAUAUUAUAAAGUAUGCUUUAUACAGUCCUGCGUGCUAGUUACCUAAGUAAACCUGACAAAAUCUCAAAAGCUGGGUAAAAAGCAUUCAGUAGGAUACAGAUUGCUGAUCAGCGAUUUAUGAAGAUGAAGAGGCAGAUUACUGCAUAUUUAUUAAUUAAUUUACAUUAGCUUUUGAUGUCACUACCUUGGGCCUUGAACUAUGGCAUUGUAUUAAUGGGUCUUCUGGUUAAAUGAACUAACAGAGCAAUUAAACUUGAUACACUAGUACUCAUGUAUGUAGUGAGUAGCUGAGGUUUUUUUUUUUUUCCCUUGCGUUCCACACACACACAAAAAAGGUAAUUUUCCUAAUAUUUCAUUGUUUUCUGGCAGUAAUAGGACCAAAAUCCCCUCAGCCUCGGACAGUUUAUGUUCUCCAGCUGUGACCUUCAUCUGUGGUAGAUGUAACUUAAGUUUAUAUGAUACUUGCUGGAAUGGUGUGUGGAAAAAUCUGUCAUUACAAUUAAGGUAUUUGCCUGCUUGGCACACUUCAGAUUUCUGCCACAGGGCCCCCACAAAGGAAUAAUCCAACUAAGCCAAAAUAAUGUAUUUUGUCUGGAGUUUGAAAUUAGCAUUUAUCAAACUCUGCAAGUGUGACCCAGUAAGAAACGACUCUGUUCCCUUGGGGAGAGGAGCAGAAAAGUGCUACAGCUGCUGUCCCUGUACUUGGUUCUCCUAUUGUGCACCCCCCACGCUGCUGCUAUUUCAGGGCAAGCUCUGGGGCUGCUGCUCUUCCACAGCCUGUGCCUGAAGCUGUAGCAGGGCUGCAGCAGCACCCAGGGAAGCUCUGCCCUAGGCAGCCAGCAGGGAUUUCUGAGGGGUGCACAGCUCCCCACAGCACUGUAGAGAUCCACCAAAAAAGCUUUUUUUGAGGAGGGCAUAUUCUCCAGGAAAGCUCCCUGGCUUUGCAGUUUGUUGCCCACUUUAAUCUCAAGUAGCUCAAGUUUGUUGAAGUUUCACUCAUGCUGCGUAGUCAGUGUGUUUGAGCGUGUUCAGGAGAAGAAGCUGUGGGAUGGGUUCCUGUUGGAAUACGCUCUGGUGGGCUUGUGACAGCUGUUUUGAUGGGAUUCUGCUGGGCUGUUAAUUUGUGCUGGAUUAGAAGUGUAAAGUGGGCACGUUUUGGUGGUAGUGACUGUUUCAGGUAUCUGGAAUAACUUUCCAGGAUGGGUUGGAAAAGGAAUCAAGUCGUGUCUUAACUGUAAUCACGUGAAAAAGAAAUGACUUGUACAAACUGACGUUCUGGUUGCCUGUCUGUGUGGUCGUUCCAUUCUUCCUGUUUCCUGCAGACUUGUAGGAAAAUCCAUAGUAAGGUUUAGUACCUGGUGGUGUAAGUGACAUGAGCUGUUGUCCUUCCUUGCGCACUGCCGCUCUGUAUCUAUGAGUGCCGAUACCGCUCUUCCUCAGGCGGAUCCUCCACCUAAAGCUAAGUCUGGAGGAAUUAUGACCUUCCAUAGUUUGCAGCAUAGUUCCCCUCUUUUAGCAUCACAGCUACUAUACAAACGUGGUAGAGCAUUUCUGUCUUAAAGAGCCAACAUUUAAGUUUGAGUAAUAUUACCUGUAUAAGGCGAAGUAAUCUUUUGUUACCAAACUGAAAUUUAGCUCCUCUUCUUCUGCCUGGUCCUUUUACUGGGGAUUUGUGUGUUUCAGAGUGUCCGAUACAGGUGUGUUUUUUUUUUUUUCCCAUUCAUGAUGCCAAGUUUUCAUUUCUCAUGUGAAAGGAAAAAUGUUUGUCUACACUUCUGAAUGUGUCUGUGUUAUUUUCUUUCUCUGCGCUGGAGAUGCAGUUGUAAAAAUUGUGGAAAAAAUGGUAGAGAUGAAAAUUGCUGACAAAAAUCUGCUCUCAAAUGAAAAUACCAGAAAGAAUAAAUAAGAUAUUUACCAGUGA